UUGACGCUGUCAAAUCCUAUGUGCUAGUAUACGGAUGCCCUCAGGCUGGUAUGACAGCAUCACCUGCAAAAUAAAAAAUCUGUUUUUCAGAUAAGUUUAUUGGAACUAGGAGUUUGUAUUUUUUGCUUUUUUAAUGAUGCCUUCGUUAAGGCAGAAGAUGACUACUUACUUUAGGCAAUUCAGUUUCAUAGCUGAUCGCGAAGAUCGAAUUGCUUCACCAAGCAAUAUAUCGGAUGGAUCCUUUAUUACACGAUACCUAGAUGGAUCAUGGAAGCCCCCAGAAAACGUUAACAAUAUAUACAGUGGGAAAGAUCCUGCGGAUUUACCAGUGCAUAACAUUGAUGAAUAUAAGGUAGGAUCUGAAACUGUGGUAGCUGCAUACACAGGACCAGACGAAGGACUAACAGGUAUUCGACGACUGCGCGUUCAUCUUAGUGCUGGACCAGACAUAGAUUUUAUCGAUACAUCUCUCGAAACUGAAUCUCAAUGUGAAGCGAUGCUUGCUAAGAAAUCUUAUUAUCAUUGUAAAUCGACCAGGGAUUCGAACUCCAACAAAAGGUCUACCGAAACCGUUGGAAUAUCGCAAACAACUGUCAGAGAUGGUGUAACUGGAACAAAUUCCUUUAAACAAAAGCGCGACACAGUUGCGCAUAGUCAAACAAUGGAUCAGUUCAAUGAGAACACGGUUAUAAGAAGCAUUCCCGAUGAUACCAUGGCGGAUCCAAUUGCCAACAUAAAAAAUUGGAAUUUAUCUUGCGAGAACGCUUAUGGUAUGUCCAUUUCACUGUACGAAAAAAACAUUAGGACCGAUGAGAAUGUCGGAAAUCCUGUCGCUGAUUGCUUCGGAAUCAUUGCUAGGGAAAAUUCGUGUAUUAUGGCUCUCGCCGAUGGUGUGAAUUGGGGAGAUGGAGCGAGACUCGCUGCAAGAUGCGCAGUUCAAGGAUCAAUCGAUUAUUUGAAUUCAGCCAUUUUUGGUAUUCAUAAUACAUCUUCGACAAAAGAUAUAUUCGUAAGUCUGGUACGAAGUUUCUGGGAGGCACAUGAUUACAUAAUGGAAAUGGGCGGAGCGCUAACAACACUCACAGUUCUAGUCGUGUUACCAUUGGCUGACAAUCCAAACAAGAGCGUGGUUUGCUGUUGUAAUGUGGGUGAUUCUUUGGCCUAUGUAUACUCCAAAAAUCAUGGCGUUAGAGAGAUAACCGAAGGAUCACACGAUAUAAAUUCGAUGCGAGAUAUGCGUGAUGCACUUGGAGCUUUAGGACCCGCUAAUGGUGAUAAACCGGAAAUGGCAAACCUUACGCUUUCACUCACAAUCGUAGAGAAGGGAGAUAUCGUAUUUCUUACAUCAGAUGGCAUCAGCGACAAUUUUGAUCCCGUUGUAGGAAAAUUUGCCGAGCCACUGGCGAAUAAAAUACAAUCCAUUCGUUCAGCACCUUUACCGCCACGUCUAGUGCAAUCUAGCUUAGCACCGAAAAGACAGAACAAAAGUACGUCCAGCAUACUAAACAAAAAACGGGAAUAUCAUGAUGUACACGCUAAAAUAAGUACCGAUAAGAUGCCCACCAAUACACAAGUUCAGUUUUCUCAGAAACGGCCCGUCUCUGCCGCUACAACUAGUGAAGGAUCGCGGAAAAUGUGUGCCCGGUCAAAAACAUUUAUAGAGCCGGGGUACCGAGCGCAGAGUAAAGAGACAGGUUCAACCUUACCUUUAGUAACCGGGGCACAGAGACAUACUCUCACUUUAUUACGAAUGGCUGAUUUAUUGAUGUAUGGCAUAAAUGGCACCCUGAGACCUUGUUCCACUGCUAAGCAAUUGUGUCAGCUACUGAUUGAUUUCGCUACUUGUAUCACAGCUGCAAAAAGAAAAUUGCUCGAACAACGUGAAUUGUAUUACAAGAUUGUUAUUGAUAAAGAUGGACAGAGAAAAGAGGUUGAAUACAGUAAACAACAACAGAAGGUUGCUCGAAAACGAACGAUUGAAGGAAGUACAUUUUCCACGCUUCCUGGGAAACUAGAUCACGCGUCCAUAGUCGCAUACACUGUUGGCAUCGAAAGGAAGUAUAACGAAACUAAUCUAUAACAAGGAUAUAUUUGUUUGAAUAUACUAUAAUAUUAGUUCGCGCAGUAGGUUGCUAAGCAAGAGCAUGGUGGAAUUUAUGUUCAGAAACAGGUUUUGUUUUCUAUAAGAACUUUCUGACGGGUUUAGAGCCCCUAGCCUCAUAGCCUAAGGGCACACGUCAUUUUUAUCAUUCUUAUAUACUUUAGUAUAUGUAGUCAAGCUAAUUUUAUACUGCUUAAACUGUGUACUGCAAUUCAAAUAAACAAAAGUAUCUUACAGUAUUUAAUUCAACAAA